GGUCCCUGGGCUUCACGCUUACCCCGGACCUGGAAGCCGCGCCUCUGUGCUAGGCCUGACAGGGCCAGGCCAGAGCCUAGAGCUCCUGAUAGCCCAGCAGCCUGCGUGGACCCGCAGUGAGGGGCAGCCGCGCCAGAACCCCACCUUGUCAGCCACUUUCAGAGUUCCGGUAGAUGUCUAGCCCUGGACAGUCCUACUCAGUCCCUGGGGUCAUAGUGCCUUGACGGCUUCUAGCCAGCGGCAAAGGCCAACUCGUUCACCUCCCAGAAAGGACUAACAAUCUUUCCCUGCAGCCUGCACUGUUGUCCCACUCUGAAACUUCUCUCUGUUCAAAGGAUUCCAACCUUGCCUCCCCCUGCUACCACUAUCAGGAUCACCCUUGCGCAUUCACAGUUUGCAGGCCUCCCUAGAGCAAGUCUUUGCUUCCACAGAUUUCCCCCUUUUGCUUCUGAGUGAUGGCAGCUCUUAUGAAAGGCCAAGUGUGCGUGGUGACUGGUGCUUCCAGGGGUAUUGGCCGUGGCAUCGCCUUGCAACUCUGCCAAGCAGGUGCCACAGUUUACAUCACUGGCCGCCAUAUGGACACCCUGCGGGCCACUGCUGAGGAGGCACAAUCUCGAGGGGGCCAGUGUGUUCCUGUGGUGUGUGAUUCAAGCCAGGAGAGUGAAGUGCAAAGCUUGUUUGAGCAAGUGGAUCGGGAACAGCAAGGGCGUCUAGAUGUGCUGGUCAACAACGCCUAUGCCGGAGUCCCAGUACUUAUGAAGAACAUUAAGAAGGCAUUCUGGGAAGCCCCUGCCUCCAUCUGGGAUGAUAUCAACAAUGUUGGACUCAGAGGCCACUACUUGUGCUCGGUGUAUGGAGCGCGGCUCAUGGUUCCAGCUGGCCGGGGGCUCAUCGUGGUCAUCUCCUCCCUUGGGGGGCUGCAGUAUUUCUUCAAUGUCCCCUAUGGCGUGGGCAAAGCUGCGUGCGACAGGCUGGCUGCGGACUGUGCCCAGGAGCUGCGGCGCCACGGGGUCAGCUAUGUGUCUCUGUGGCCAGGGUUGGUGCAGACAGAACUAGUGAAGGAGGUCGUGGUGAAAAACGACGAUACUGAUGAUCCCUUGUUGAAGGAGCUCAGAUCUAAUUUCUCCUCUGCGGAGACCACCGAAAUGAGUGGCAAAUGUGUGGUGGCUCUGGCAACAGCUGUUAUCUGUGCUCACAGACCCGAAUAUCCUGAGCCUGAGUGGGAAGGUGCUGCCAUCUUGUGACCUUGCGCGACGCUACAGCCUUCAGGAUGUGGAUGGCCGCCCCGUCCAAGACUAUUUGUCUUUGAGGUCCGUCCUCUCCCAUGGCUCCAGCCUGGGCUGGCUGGCUUCCUACUUGCCUGGCUUCCUCCGUAUGCCUAAGUGGAUUAUGACCCUCUACGCAAGCAAGUUCUAAACCUCCUGGCCUGACGUCAUAACUCUGCUCUCCCUCAGGCUACGUGGUAGGGCCUCUUGGUGUAACAAGGCAGCCCCUCCUGCCUACCUAAUACCCUUGCUAGGGAGAGAAGGCCUCCUCUGUGUGUCUUGGGUGAGCCCUGGGGCCUUUAUGAAUCCUCCUUUAUGCCUUAAUUUUACCUGCUCCUACAUAUUACUUCUUGCCUUAGUAUUGGAAAACACUCUGGGGGCUAAUAAGCCUCAUUUCUUGGGGUGCCUGGGUGGCUCAUGGGUUAAGCCUCUGCCUUUGGCUCAGGUCAUGAUCUCGGGGUCCUGAGAUCAAGCCCCACAUCGGGC